AUGCGCUUCUCAAUCGCGCUUGUUUCGCUGAGCCUUUCGGCCUUGGCUCUCGCCGGCUCGAGUAACUACCUUAAUCUCUUCGACAAUCCCUCUUGUGCAGGCGAGCCCUAUGGCGAGUAUGGAAUUUACCACAGCGAUGAAUGCCAUACCGGGCAGCCAGAACUUAAUCGGGUGCAGAGUGUGAAUACAGUCCUGAUCGAAAAUGGAUGCUACACCCAACUGUACUGGCACUGGCGUCAUGGUCAGCUCGCCCGACCCGAAUACUUGCAUCAGUGCGAGUUCGCGAAGCGACAAUGUGUCAUAUUGGCAGUCUUUUAUGCUCAAGAACUGCCAGUAGAGCGCGUCAAACGGGACUCUUUUUUUGUUUUUCCCCAGGAUCCAUUAUCGAUGGAUAGCUAUGAUCCUGUCAAGGGUCUCUUCGCCAGGGAUUAA